GACAACACAGUAUCAGCACAAAAAUAACUUAACGGGAAAGAUACAGGGUGCUAACACAAAAGUUGAGCGUAGAAUUGCAGGUGACAACAGUCAGAAGGCUGAAGAUGUCCCAUAUUUCACCGAUGCAAACCCCAUAUGACAGCGAUGAGCUCAUCAGACACAAAUACCAUGUAGUUUGAAUUCCACAUGCAAAGUUAGCAUCACCAACACAGCCACAUCUGUACUAAUGACAAAUGCAGAUAUCAUCUGGAACUCAGGUUUAAAGACAGUCUGCUAAAGACUGAAACUCCACACAGCAGAUGCACAUCACGUGGCUUUAAAUGAGCAGUGACCUCCACCAGACAGCUUAUCAUUACAGAGCAGACCUCAAGAUGGAAAGAGCAGCGAGGAAUAAAAAACGCUCCAGGGCUAAGAGACGAAAAGAGAGGGCAGCAGAGGAAGGAAUCUGGUGGUAGAGGCUGUGGGAGGGGCGACAGCAGCCCGACCGCAGUCAGUCAGUCACAGUCAGUCGCUGGAUACUGAAGCUGACCGCAGGAGCAUCGAGAUCUCCCGGAUUUCGGCUUUAUCCCUUUGGAUGCCUCUUUCCUGCACGAGCCGCCCAGCAUUUGGCUGAUGGAAACAGACAUCCGUGAAAAUGUGCGCGAAUGUGUUCGGGGUUUUGAAAAGCCUGUUUGGGAAGCCCUUUGAUGGCGGGAAGAGGAUGGACCAUGGUGGUCCACAGCAGCAGCAACAACAUCCAAUGGAGCAGCAGCAGCCAGCAUAUCAUCCGCAGCACCCUGCCAUGAUGCGGCUGUACGAGAUACAGAAGGAGGUGGCGUCUCUGGGGCCGCAGGUGUGCACCUUCAGCGGCCUUCAGAAUGAUCGGGACUACAAGCGUCUGGAGCGAGAGCUGACCCGCCUGCUGCUGGAUGUGGACCAGGUGGACACAGAGGGCAAGCCGGAGCUGCAGGGGGCACGAAAAAGAGCGGCUCAGGAGGUGGAGGGACUCCUGCGUUAUCUAGAAGAGAACGCCACCCAUCCUUCCCGGCUGGCCAUCGAACAGCUAAGCUACGAGGCGCGGCAGCUGGUGGACGAGCGCGUCGUGGCUCCGCAGCGAGCAGGCGGGGUGACAGAGAUCAACGACGAGUUGGUGGACGCUCUGCAGGAGCUCGUGCUGAGGCUCACUCAGGUCAAGACCGAAGGGAGGGUGCCGCUCCGCAAAGCACGCUACCGGGCGCUAACGCGCCUCUGCGCUGUACAGGAUGUGAUCGAAGGGCGCACGCAGCAGCAGACCCUCUCCCUGCCGCUGUCGGGAGACACCCACGAGGCCGUGAACUGCAUCAACCAGGUGAUGGUAAAGGUGAGCGUGGCCCGCAGCCAGCUGGUGGCGCUGCUGAUGGGUCUGAGCGGGAGGGACAGCUGUGCCCACCUGUCACGCAUCCUGACAGAGAUGCAGGUGGAGCUGGACGCUCUGGAUGUUUCGGGGAACGCGGUGAUCAGAAAUUACAGGAAACAGGUGGUGGAGGAGAUAAACGGGCUGCUGAAACAUCUGGACCUGGAGGGGGAAGGAGACGACACACGCAGGUAUGACUUGGCGCAGAACAACUCCAUCCGAGAGAUCGAGGGCGUGCGAGCUCACAUCUCGCACCUGCGAGAGGGCGUCCUACGACACUGUGCGAUGGGUGACCUCAGCUUCAGACCCAAAGCCGAGUUGCAGGGUCUUCUCACCCAACUGGACCAGGUGGACACGGCGAAGAACCCGUGCAUAAGAGAAGCCCGUCGCCGUGCUGUGGUGGAAGUCCAGGCGGUCAUCACGUUCCUGGACCUACGCGAGGCUCUAGCACGCCGCCAGCCAGGCCCCAAUGAGCACCCAUCACAUCGAGCUGUGUGGCAAGUCCUGGGGAGCCUGUCAGAGCUCCAGGCUCAGGUCCUGGGCUUCGACGGCAAGCGGGUCGACAAGAGCUACAUGAUCUUGGAGGAGCUGCUUACCAAACAGCUGCUGGCGCUGGACGCCGUUGACCCGCAAGGCGACGAGACAACCAAGGUGGCACGCAAGCAGGCGGUGAAGUUUGCCCAGAACAUUCUCAACUACCUGGACAUGAAGACAGAUGAGUGGGAGUAUUAAUUAAUUCCAAAACACGAUGGGACGCUGCAGGAACAAAAGGAGCUGAUAAUGUGUGUAAAAUAAAAAAAUAAGGAAAUAAACUGGUACAUUAUCAUUCCACGGGCUGUAAAUAUGAAUUCAGAUCCCUAGAAUGCACUGCAGCAGCGCUUUUUCUUUCAUCACUUCGUGGUUGUCAUGGCCGACCCUGCAGAUAAACACAGAACUACUUUUGUGAAACACUUUGAAAAUUCUCUUUGUGCUAUUUGGAGAUAUCUUUUAAAAUCUCCCAUGUAUGUGUGUACCUGUGUGUGCGUGUGAGUGUAUGCGCGCAAAUUGUUAUUUGUUGUCUUUGCAUUUGGCGUGUGGCUGUCGAAGCCAAAGCACUAAAUAAUGCCUGUAAAAGUGGUCACAUCCUCUAGACUGCACUUGAUGUUGAUAAAUUAUCCCAGUGUGAUGGAUUGCUUAGCAGUGGUUUCCCCCGUCUGGCCUGAUUAAUCAGAGUGUCAGUUGCUAAUGGAGACAGCCGAUGCACGUGUUGAAUACCGUGACCUAAUUAGGAAAAGUCGCCUAUGGCUACCCUAAGAGCUGGGCUUGGUCCAGAGUGUGAUACCUGCUGUGUGAUACCUGCUGAUGUGGGGUGAGAAAAGUACCCCCAACCCCCUUCCUUUUUUAAAAAAAAUUCAGGUAAUUGAAUUUGGUCGAUUCCUUUUUUUUUGUUUGUUUGUUUGUUUCACUCAGAAAGGCAGUGUCUAUUUAAUCUGCGGUGAUGUGCUUUUGAAGGUGAAACAUGACAAAUGUUCACAAGCCAGAGUGUGUGUUUAAACAGAUGUAAUUAGAGAGGGAACGGUGAGAGUUUACACCGCCCAUGUUAAGUGACUCUCCACCCGUGUGUGACCUCGUUGACCCCUCAGCAUGUGUUUCAAGUUUCUGGCAGCUCCCUGAAAACACAAACACAAAAUCGGGCGGCAAACAAAACGUCAGUGUUGAUGCGGUAUCCCCUCGGCUGUGAAUGAAGAGAUGAAAGUUACCCCACAACCUCCUCGCCGCUUGCGUAGCUGUUCAUCUCUAACAUGUUUCACGUUUGCUCUGAUUUCUGUAUGAUUGUUUUAGGCUAUUAAUGAAUCAGGGCUAAAUCCAGAGAUAGAGGGGCAGAGGAGAAAUUUUGUCACCGCUGCUGCUGUUUGAGUUGUUUUCUGUUUGUUUGUUUCUACCUACUGCUUUCUCCGGAUGGAGGAGAGACUGUGAGAGGUCCCUGGGGAGAGGAAGAAGAAAGGGAGGAGGGCGAGCAAAGAUAUCCACUGGAUUGACACAUCAAGGCUGAAGCGCACAGGGCCGACAGUCGGGUACUGUUAGGUAGAGGAUUGACGGUGAUGGCAGUCGACAGAGCCUUCUAGAAACUUCUCUAAGCUGCUUCUGCUGCGGACAGUAGGAGGGAGGGAAAGGACUAGUAGAGAAGUCUGUGUGCCUUGAUUUUGACCCUUCCUUAUGACCCGGUUUAUGUAAAAGCAGCCUUGUAGUGCAGCAGCUGAUUAAAGAGCUAAAGAGCAAGCUCUUUUUAUUUCUUUCUUUUUUUAAAUAUAAAAGUACAAAAUGAGGAAACUAAAGCUCCGAAUGUGUUUAUGGAGAGCACCAUGGUCAUUAUAACCAUCAGAAAUAUGCACUAGUUGUCAGAAACGCUUUUUAAGCAUUCAGCAUGUAUUCCUGAAAAUGCUCCGGUCAGUCAUUUGUAGUAACACAGCGAUGACGCUCCUUUUCACCAGGCAAAGCGACAUGAGUCAUGGUUUCACGCUGCAAAACAGCCACGCUUCUGGAGCAGCUCUCAUGCUCUGACAGCACUUAGGCGACAUUAGCAGGAAAAUCAACAGAGAAAAACAGAGCGACCGGUCUCACCUUCCUGCUUAACCCCCUUAAAAAAAAUCAGCUGACGAGGAGACGAUGGUGGAGGUGUUCCUGAGCGGGAGGAAAAGGCAGCUAAUGAAAGAAUCACUCCUCAGCUCGUAGCAAUCGUUUUUAGGCAUACGUCGUGAUCUUUGACAGCAGAAAUCCACAACUUGCUUGCUGCUACUUCGCUAUUUCUCUUCACAGUGUGUGUGUGUGUGUGCGCAUCAGUCAGUGUAAAAUUCUGAUAAUUUAGGUGGUCCUCUGCCUUACGGUGACACCUGAGGUGGAAGAUGCAUCUGCCAGCUCAUUAAAAAUACCUCAGCAGAGAGCAGAGAAAGAGGCAGUCUUUUCGGAGUUUAUCUGAUUGGUGGUUGAAUAAGACUAAAGCUGUCUCCAGAAUUUCUUGGCUCACAAGACUUCUCGUCAACUGAGAGUCUCUGAUCUCUGUGUGAUUGUGUUUGAACACACACACUAAGAGGUCAGAUGUUUCCUCUGCAACAAGUUGCUCACAGUGAUUAAAGUCUUUAGGGCGUUGUUGUUCAUCCCAGCUGCAGAGAAUGUGGUCCAGCAUGUUUCAGUGAAGCUUCACCAGCCCUUCUAACUCUUUGAAGCUGCUACUGGAAGCAGUUUUCUGGCACAAAGCCUGCAGCUCAGCCUCCUGGGUAGUGAGCUGACUCAUGCGGGGGGAAAUUAGAUUAAACAGUGUUCAUUAAACGUAGCCAGUCUGCCUGGCUGUUGUUGCAAUAGAUGCUUUCUCACGGCGAACCUUAUGCUCUCUCAGACCAAACCGAUCCAGACACACCUUAUGCUCACGUUUUUUUGUACGCAGUAACACGCAGAUGUAUGUCUGUUCCUCGCAGGACACUGCAUCAGUGUAUUAUACACGUUUCUUUGAAUAGUUUAUCCAAAGUUUUACGCUAUGAACAGAAGUAUUUAAAUCGUUCCUGUCUCAUUGUCUCGGAGUGUUUGGAAGCCAUAAACGUUUAUAUAGUGGUCCUGAAGUCCAGGAUUUUGUUGCGAUGGAUGUUGUUCCCCGGUUCCAAAUAUCGCUCUCACACUUCUAAAACUGCUUUUUUUUGUAUAUGUACAAUGGCUCUACUAGAUUUAGGUAUUACAAAUUGAUCAUUGUGAAAUUAGUUGUCGCAUUAAAGUCGAGGUGCCUGCGCCUCAGCGUUUUUGUUUACACGAACAAAAGGAGAAAAUCCAUUUUAUAGGUUUAAAAGAUUGAUGAGGAACCAAAUAUGUACAAGGGUUCACGUGUUUUAGGCUAUCGUGAUGUUGCAUGAGUGUGAAUGUUUUGUUAAGGUUACAUGGCAGGGCUUUAAAGGAUAAAGCUGGAGAGAUUUUUAUUUACAUUUUUUCUUGAUUGUCAACAAAACCAAUAAUGUUGUGCAUCUUGGUGGCCCUCAGCUCCGCUCCAGUUGGUUCAUAAUCAGAUACAUUUAAUGAGCCUCAUUAAAUGUAUCUAAUUUCCUCAAAAACACAUGGGCAUUGUAGUUUUUUACCAAACAAUUAGAAGGUUCAUGUGUGGGGACUAGUUUAUGCAGUGGAUGUUGUGGCUGUUUGUUUGUUUUUUCCAUCUAAGAGUGCAUGUGGGAAAAUACAAAAUACACAGUGUCUUUGUCUGAGAUCAUAAAAAUUACACAUUUACUGGGAUAGUUUAUAUAUUUUUUUUCGUACGAUUUGUUGACAAAAACACAGAAUAUGAAGGAAUUCUUACUUUAAAACAGAGACAUAUUCUUGCUAAUAUCAAAACCAGCACCAUAAAGCCUGUUUUGCUUUUGUGCAAAUACAUUGCCGACUACGUUUCAUGAAUUGCUUGUUGGAUUGUUAAAAAGUGAUAUGGGUCAUGCUUUAGUUAUAAUUAGAAUGUAUUUACGAGCAGAGGCAGAGUGUAGUUUGCUAUUAACAUGGUAUUUAUAUGCAAAAGCAUUUAAAUAUACAUAGAAGUUGUUGACCAAUGCUUAAAAAUACAUUACAUGCUGCUGCUAAAAGCUAAAUAGUGCUGCGCCAAUUAUUUGUGCGUCAUUCCUUUUGUCAUGUUUAACUGGGAAUCUUUCACAUUUCAGUAGUAUAUGUUCCGACACACUACUCAGCUUGUAGGAUGUCACUUCCUGAGAGCCAUGUUGCCAUGGUAACCCAACCUCUUCUGAGUUAAGCCGAACACAAAUACAUUUAUCCUUGGCAAACUGAAAACUUUUUAAAUUUAAACACUUAAAUUGAAGCGUUUUUGAUGUCAGGUCGCAGUCCAGCAGCGUCAUUGCUGCAUUGCAUAAUGGGACAUUUAUGCCCGGUGUGGAGUCCUGCGACACAUCCUCUAAUGUUCCCUCAGAAACAUGCAAAUAGUGUAUUUCAGUACAUUCGUUGGUUUCGGCACGCUAAAAAAUGACUUCAGUAUGUAAAUUUGGAUGCGAUUCUAAUCGUGCUUUUUGUAAGUUGUUUUUCGUUCCCAAGUUCAAAACAGAAAGUGACUUUUGACUUGUAAUUUGGAUGACCAGCUAGUUACAGACUUUUCUGUGUAAACCUUUACAAGAAGUUAAAGGUAUAAUGUCGAACGUCACUAUGAGCUCAUUUUAUAUUUUGAAAAUUGAAGUUUUGUACUGGAUCACUGCAAUGAUGCUACAGAAAUAAUGAAAUGUUACAAAUUCCACAUCACGUCUGUUGUACAUGUACAUGUAAUUCUAAGAAAAAUACCGGAUCAAAAUCAGGGAGGGACGUGUGUAUUAAGAUAUUUUAAUUAAAACUAGUUCCUUUUUCCAUUACAUAAAUGUGGCUUAAAAACAAUGCCUAAUUUCAACAUGUAAACUGUUAAUGCAAAAGGUGAACUUUUGCAUUAAAACUUCCUGGUCAGACAGAUUAUAUGUCAAAAUCUUGUUUCCAGUCUUUUCUUUUUUACGUGACUGUAAAAUCUAAAUUACAAAGUAUUAUUUUUUGCAAUUAAUAUAUAAACAGCACUUUUUUUUAAUGUUGUUAUUUGGGAUCUUUAGUUGAAUAUGAAAAAUAUGAAUGAGACAUGGACUGCUUGAAUUAAAUGAAUUUGAACCAGGGCUUUGGUUUUCUCCACACAGACGCUCUGUUAUGUUUCACCUCAACACACUGCUGGACUGCUAAAAGCAGCUCAGGGUCAUCCAGAGCAUCUGAACUUGGGAGUCCAUUAGACAGGAGUUUAAAAGAUUCAGCUCCAGUGGGUAUUCAGAGGCAGUCCCUUUACAGGACAGUGCAUUUACACCAAACAGCAAACGGGCAGACUUACUCACAGAUGCAAGUUUGCAAGGUUUGAAUUUCCUAAGGUGAAUGUAGUCAUGUUCUGUAUUUCAUAGUACUAAAGUUUAUUUUACUAAGGACAUAUCAAGUGGAAAUGGGUAAUAUUUAAUAAGAUGGGAUCGGAAACAUUAAAAAAAAAAGCAUCAGCCAAAAAUGUUUUCAUUAUGUUACAGUUUUUAAGGUCAGCAGCCAUUUACACCAGCAAGUUUGAGACUUAAGGCAACUACAUUUCACAAAAACCUGUAACCAAACAUACUGAUUUAUUUUUUUGAUCAUUACAAGUCAGCUACAAGUCAAUAAUCGAUCAAUUUAACUUGAUGCCACAAAAGGACACCAGCUAAAAUCAGUGUUUACACUUUCAGAUUAAAGAAACGAGAUGGGAUGGGUAACCUUUAAUCCAGUAAUGUGAUGGUGUUCUGUCAUUCUGACGAUGGUCACUAUUAUAUUAAUGUGCUCCCAGUGGCAGAGACACCUUCCUCCCCAGUGUGUAGAGAUACUGCUGCGGUGGUGGGAGUGCAUCUCCUUCUGCAGUGCCAUUUGAGUGGCCCAUUCCUGCCAUCCUCCUUUGCCUCUUUAAACCUUGUGCUUGCAUUCUUCCUGGUCCUGCAUGUAGGCAGCCUGUGCUUUUUCAUGUUGACCAAAAGCCUGUGCAAGUCAUCAGUGUGCUGAUGCCUCUGUUUAGUUUAGUUUUUCCCCCUAAUUUCAGUGGUUGUAAUCAUGUGAGUGACCAUCUGUAGAUUACACUGAGAUUAAAGGGGAGGAUGUGCUUGUCUGAAAUGGGCUUUCGUGACUUUUAAAGGUGCUGAUGGAGGUUAUACCUUUGGACUGAACCUGUAAAUUAUUAGGCUCUAAUUUAAAAUACUGACAGAGCCGACUCUUCAGAUAAAAAUCAGGUAAAUGUGUAUUAAAUAACCAAAACAGUAGUCCUCCACCAAGGCUAAUGUCCCAUCCACAUCAAAAUUUAAUAGGUUCUUCCUUUACACAUUCCUCUCCAUCUCCUGACCUUCGCCUUCUACUCUACUAAAAGCAUCACUGAAAAAAAACAGAGAAAUAAUUUUAGCUGUUGAGCAGAUUGACAUUUUGAUGGUAAACAUGAAGCUUCACAAGCAGCAGUACAUAGCAGGCUGAUGAAUCUUUGGCUGAUCGUUUAAGUGAAAUGUGAAAACGACAGAAUCCCACCGAAAGUAAAAACAAGGUUCCUUCCUGAGCUUUUGCAAAACUUAUAUUUAAGGACAGUUAUUAUUAAAAGUUCAUCAGUCAUGUGUGUUCAUUACUGCUUUGCCUUUCUUAUGACAGGAAUGUGUUUAAGUGGUGAAAAUGGGACUGCGUUUUGUUCAUUUUUUCCAAAUGUGUGUCUCAUGAAGUCGCCUUUAACUGCAUUGAUUGUGACAGGCUUUUGAUGUCUCUCCUCCAAAAUGCGCUUGUACAAAAAGCACACUGACUGGAAAAAACAACAACAAAAAAAAAACCCAUUGUGUGAAUGCUCCAUGGAUGGUUGUGUUCCAAGUUUGUAUUCCCACUGCAAAAUAAAGACAGUGUGUCUUGUUUA